AUGAGUGAAGCACUUAACAUUUAUACUUGUAUUGUGUGUACAUUUGAACAACCGAAUACAGUAAACAAAUGCGAAAUGUGUGACACUCCAAAUCCUAAUCAUGCAGAAAUAGGUAAUUCGAAAUACGUUUGUCCUCAAUGUACUUUUGAUAAUACGGACGGUCCUGUCCAAGAAUGUGAAAUGUGUGGAUAUAGAUUUAGCGAUGAUUCACCUAAUAAAAAAUUUAAAGAAGAUGAUGAGGAUGAAGAGCAGGAAGCAGAAGACGACGACGACGACAAUGAUGAUGAUGAAGAGGAGGAUUAUUACUUCAAUUCGUUUUCGACAUUGCAGAAUAGCAAUGCAAAACGUAAACCGAUCGAAGCUGUUGAAGUUGCUAUGAAUGAAAAUGAAUUACGUUCAUAUUACGAUCAAUACAUACGAGUAUUGAAGGAACAACGACAACAGACAAAAAUCUUCUCUGAUGACCAACUACGUGGUUUUAUUUGUCAAUUAUUUCAGUCACUUCAAUAUAAACACGAUGAACCAGAAGGCGAAUUGGUUUUCAAAUUUUGUCAGAUCUGUUUUGAUAGAGAUGAAUCUGUGAUAACUAUGCGAGCUUGCGGUCAUCGUAUGAUUUGUCCAGAUGACUUUCAUCAAUAUUUAUCAACACGAAUUCGUGAUGGUGACCUUCUUCCAUGGAUUCCAUGUCCCGCUGAAGUUUGCAGUGUACCCUGUGAUGCAAGAAAUAUCGUCGAAGACGGUCGUUUAUCGCAUGGCGAACUUCUAUCAUUCAUUGUCACGUAUAUGUCAAAAAAACUAGCUCGCAACGAAAACUUCAUUACAUGCGUGAACUGCCAACAAGGCGGUUUUCUUCAGUUUGGUGCGCCGAGAAAAGAAGAAGUUACAUGUCAAGUAUGUAACGUUAAACAAACGAUUGAGAAAGGAACGGAUGGAGAUCUCGAUGUUGCUUUCAAAGAAAUGAUUAAAGCAGGAGAAUUACGCGAAUGCCCAACGUGUCGACAUUUAACUCUGAAAGAAAAAGGAUUGUGUAAUGUAAUUGAAUGUGUGAAGUGCGGUGUCUGGUGGAAUUGGCGAACACGAGAACAAGGACAUGAUGGAAAAGACUUGAAGAACAAAGCGAGAAUGAAUGGCACACUCUGGGAACCUGGAGAAUUACAAUAUCAACAGCGCUUGGAACGACAGAAUCCAUCUGAGUUCAAAGCGUUAUUAGAACGCAAUGGCAUCAAAUACAACCCAAAUUAUGUUCGCGGUGGAUGGAAUGAUAAUUAA